GGCCCAACUCAGCCCUCUUGUCUGCCUCCGGCGUGGUGCAGGGAUUACAGAGCAAAGCCCUGGGCGCAGUGGUGCUCAUGUCUCUUCAUGCCGGUUUCCUCUGCAGCCCCUAGUCGGUCUCGACCUCUUGGAGAGGAAUGGCAGCUAAAUGUGUCUUCUCUUUGCAGCUGCCGAAGCAGUAACAGGAAGAGCCUGGUGGUGGGAACGCCGUCUCCAACGCUAUCACGUCCCCUGUCCCCACUGCCUGUGCCAACAGCCGGGAGCAGCCCUCUGGACAGUCCCCGGAACUUCUCCACCGGCGCCUCCGUCAACUUCCCCUUUGCUCGCAGCCAUGCUCCUCGGACUGAUAGGGCUGAUGGCAGAAGGUGGUCACUGGCUUCAUUACCCUCGUCUGGCUAUGGGACCAACACCCCCAGCUCCACGGUCUCGUCAUCUUCGUCCUCUCAGGAGCGCCUGCACCAGCUGCCGUACCAGCCCACCCUCGAUGAGCUGCAUUUUCUCUCUAAACAUUUCCGCAGCACGGAGAGCAUCACGGACGAGGAGGGCCGGCGCUCGCCCUGCCUGCGGCCACGAUCCAGGAGCCUAAGCCCCGGACGAACGAGUGGAACGUUUGAUAACGAGAUUGUUAUGAUGAAUCAUGUCUACAAGGAGCGGUUCCCUAAGGCCACGGCACAGAUGGAGGAGCGCUUGCAGGAGACCAUCACCAGCUGCUCCCCGAGCAGCACCUUGCCCCUUGCUGAUGGAGUGCUGGGGUUCAUCCACCAUCAGAUCAUUGAGUUGGCCCGAGACUGCUUGGCUAAGUCCCAGGGAGCCCUCAUCACCUCGCGCUACUUCAUGGAACUGCAGGAAAAGCUGGAGAAGAUGCUGCGAGACGCCCAGGAGCGUUCAGAGAGUGAGGAAGUGAGGUUUGUAGACCAGCUGGUGAGGAAGCUGCUGAUAAUAAUAUCUCGACCGGCCCGCCUUCUAGAGUGCUUGGAGUUCGAUCCCGAGGAGUUCUAUCACCUGCUGGAAGCCGCGGAAGGCCAUGCCAAAGUUGGGCAGGGGAUAAAGACAGACAUCCCACGCUACAUCAUCAGCCAACUGGGGCUCGCUAAGGACCCCCUGGAGGAGAUGGUUCAGCUGGAUCAGUUGGAUGGUGGGAAUACUGUUGCUCCAGAAGCAGAUGACCCCCCCGAGAGCCGGGCUUCAGCUGCCACUUAUCGAAGGAAACCAUGCGAGAGCGACUUUGAGACCAUCAAGCUGAUCAGCAACGGGGCCUAUGGGGCGGUGUAUCUGGUGAGGCACAAAGAGACCCGCCAGCGCUUUGCCAUAAAGAAAAUUAACAAGCAGAACCUUGUUCUGCGGAACCAGAUCCAGCAGGUGUUUGUGGAGCGGGACAUCCUGACUUUUGCCGAGAACCCCUUCGUGGUCAGCAUGUUUUGUUCCUUUGAGACCAGGAGGCACCUGUGCAUGGUGAUGGAGUAUGUGGAAGGGGGAGACUGCGCCACGCUGCUGAAGAACAUGGGCCCUCUGCCAGUUGACAUGGCCAGGAUGUACUUUGCUGAGACUGUCCUUGCCCUGGAGUAUCUCCACAACUAUGGGAUUGUGCACAGGGACCUCAAGCCUGACAAUUUGCUGAUCACGUCGAUGGGUCACAUCAAGCUGACAGACUUUGGCCUGUCCAAGAUUGGGCUGAUGAACAUGACCACAAACUUGUACGAAGGACACAUGACAAAGGAUACUCGGGAGUUCAUGGACAAGCAGGUGUGUGGCACACCCGAGUACAUCGCACCAGAGGUGAUCUUAAUGCAGGGCUAUGGGAAGCCAGUCGACUGGUGGGCGAUGGGUAUCAUCCUGUACGAGUUCCUCGUGGGCUGUGUCCCCUUCUUUGGUGACACGCCGGAAGAGCUCUUCGGGCAGGUGAUCAGCGAUGAAAUCAUGUGGCCUGAAGGAGACGAGGCGCUUCCUGCUGAUGCCCAAGACUUGAUCAUGAGCCUGCUGAGGCAGUGUCCACUCGAACGCGUAGGCACUGGCGGUGUGCACGAGGUGAAGCAUCACUCCUUCUUCCACAACCUGGACUGGAAUGGGCUGCUGCGACAGAAGGCAGAGUUCAUCCCCCAGCUGGAGUCCGAGGACGACACCAGCUAUUUUGACACUCGCACGGAGCGGUACCGCCACUUGGACUCUGAGGAUGAAGAGACCAAUGAUGAGGAGUCGUCUGUGGAGAUUGGUCAGUUCUCCUCAUGCUCCCACCGCUUUAGCAAGGUGUACAGCAGCUCCGAGUACCUUGCAGCUCACUCAGCCCUCGGCCUCUCAUCUUCUGAGCGAAGUCACAGUGAGGAGAAGGAGGACAGGCCAGAACGGUGGGACAGGAGCUCAGGAGAUGAGGAGAAGAGCCGGGUGUCAAACACAGAGGCCAGGCUCCGAUCAUGGACGUCCUGUGGCUCAACACCCUACUCCUCCCGGCAUGAGCGAAGCCAUAGCCCGGCCACCUUGACCAGCACCUACAGCCUGGAGACCAUGCCCAAGUUUGCUUUCUCCUCUGAGGAUGAGAGCCCCUGUCCGGGCCCACAGAAGCGGGAGCGGCCGGUGUUUGUGCUGGGAGACCCUGAGGCAGGGGCAGGAGGAGCAGCAAAGUCUUCCACGUUGUCGGCUGAUCUUGUCAAUCUGAACCGCAUCCGCCUGCGGAGCAACAGCACCGGGACCAAGAACUCCAGCCCCCGGGGCCUGGAGCCUGGAGCCAGCCGCCGCCUGGGCAGCCAGAAGGAUGCUUCAGAGAGGCAGAGGGCAUCCGUGGGAAGCAGAGUGCCCAAGUCUGCCUCGGUCUCAGCCCUGUCCUUGAUCAUCACCUCAGAUGACUGUGGCGGUGGAGCCCUGAUGAGCCCCAUCUCCCCCCGCUCUCUCUCUUCCAACCCUUCAUCCCGUGACUCCUCCCCGAGCCGAGAUUCCUCCCUCACCAUCACCAGCCUGCGACCGCCCAUCACCAUCCACAGCUCCGGCAAGAAAUACGGCUUCACCCUGCGUGCCAUCCGUGUGUACAUGGGGGACAGCGAUGUGUACGCGGUCCAUCACAUGGUGUGGAGCGUGGAAGAUGGGAGCCCUGCCCAGGAAGCAGGGCUGAAAGCGGGUGAUCUCAUCACACAUGUGAACGGGGAGUCCGUCCUGGGGCUAGUUCACAGGGAUGUUGUGGAGUUACUCCUGAAGAGCGGCAACAAGGUAGCACUACGAACUACUGCCUUGGAGAACACGUCCAUUAAAAUCGGCCCUGCUCGGAAAAACAGCUCCAAGACCCGGAUGGCCAGAAGGAGCAAGAAAAGCAGGAAAAGGGACAGCCAGGACCGGAGGAAAUGCCUCUUCAAGAAGAUCUCCAAGCAGUCAACUGUUCUGCACACCAGCCGCAGCUUCUCCUCUGGCCUCCAUCACUCCCUGUCCUCGAGUGAGAGCCUCCCAGGGUCUCCCACACACAGCCUGUCUCCAGGCCCCACAACUCCUUGCCGCAGUCCUGCUCCAGACCUCCCACCAGAUGCUGUCUCCCCACAGAGCACGUCCCCCUCCUCCAGCACUCCCACCUCUCCCGCAGGACACAUCAGACCAAGCUCUCUGCACGGGCUAGCACCAAAGCUCAGUGGUCAGCGCUACAAGGUGGGGCGCCGGAAGUCCACCAGCAGCAUCCCCCCAUCCCCCCUUGCAUGUACCCCCGCCUCGGUCCCGCAGCCGCCUUCUCCCCAGAGGUCUUCAUCACCGUUGCCAAGUUACACCAGAAAUGUUCACUCCUUCCAGGGCAAGACGCUGUCUCCCCCCACCAUUGUUAGGCAAGUGUCUCGGCCCAGGAGUGCUGAAGGCCCCAGGUCCCCUCUGCUAAAGCGAGUCCAGUCAGCAGAGAAAAUAGUCAGCUACAUGGCAGAAAAGAAAACGGUCAGCAGUCGGAAGCUCACGCUGGAAAUGCCUCCUAGUGAUGGGGCAGGGGAGGAGCUGGGAGGGGGUGAGUGUCCUGUCCAGGCUCUGCUUGGGGAGCAUGGUGCAGGGGCCUACCCAGGGACCCCCCGGCUGAGGGACUGGCCAGGGGAGAGGCAUGACCGAGACCAGGAGCUUGUCAUUAUGAGGAGGCUGAACCUGUCAGAGCGCCGGGACUCGUUUAAGAAGCAAGAGGCUGUCCAAGAAGUGAGUUUUGAUGAGCCCGAGCUGCUGCCAGUCAGCGAGGAUAGCGUGAAAGCAGAGCCCGAGCAGAACAGCGAGUGCGUGCUGUGGAGACGUGUUCCUCACACAGCUUCCUGGGUGGAGACCAGGCAGCAUUCAGUGUCUGGGGGCCCUUCAGAGCCUCCCAAACCAGAGCAGAAGCCCACACAGGUGCCCCAGAUAGCAGUUCAAGGGUCAGAGAGCGAUGAACAGGAGACUAAUGCUGCUGAGUGGGAGUGCCAAGCGUCUUAUCCCAUCCAGCUGAUGGCCAGGGUUUACACUGAGCAAACAGACGGGACUACAGCAGUGGAAUACAAGAGUGUCUCCUCCCAGCGGAGAGACAGCAGGGAGCAGAGAGAGCUCAGUGCGUGGCAAGAGCCCUCACCAGCUGCUGGGCCCUUGCACAGGGCCUGUAGUGGCGAGGAAGCGGUGGGCUCCCCUCGGCCAACCCAAGCCUCUUCUGGGCUGCUGUUGUGGGAGACCACCGGGAUCCAGGAACAUGAGUGCACAGAUGCUGGGAUGCCCAAAGCAAGCCAGCAGGAAUUGCACGAUUGCACUCACAAAAAAGCCAAGGAUGAGUAAUUGCCAUGGCUUAAGGAAAAACCUGGCUGCACGUGAACAUGUAGCAAGGUGAGAGGGUUUCAGCUCUGCGCGGACUCCGCGGGGGAUGAACUUUCACAGAAGCGCAUCCAUGUCAGAGACUGGUACACCGCCCAGUUGUGCUGCACUCUUCCUUCUGUACCCCGUGUGUUGGACUUUUACCUCUGUGAGACCAUGUGCAGCCGAAACAAUUUUAAUGUCAUCCCCAGCGGGGUGUGAGUAUGACCCAAUGACUGUACUUAUAAAAGGCUUUUUGUACUAACUAGAAAGAUGUCCAUGUUUUUGUAGAGCAAUGGCAGGUUUUUGGGUUUUUUGUGGUAACGGCAUUUUUGUGACAGGUUUGAGGGCUUUUGUAAAUAGAAAGGACUGGAUCCAAAUCUUCAGAACUAAUUUAUUACUUUUGUAAGCUAAGAGGAGGAAUAGUAAGAUCUGUCCAGGGGGGCUCCCCUGACCUGUGCUAGAGAGAGAAUCACAGUUGUUUUCCAAGUGUUUCAUAGUCCCACCCCUGACGGGCACUGUUUGUUUUCUGACACUUCUGAGAACCACUUUUUGCCCUUGCUAUUAAUUUGACUCAGGUGGUAAGGCCCAAAGGGAAUGGUGCGGGGCUGAGCUGUUAGGCAUGGGUCAGGGUUUGUUGUGCUGGGGCUCUGAUCAUGCAGGCAGGUAUUUUCUUUCCCCCUUCCUAGAAGAGCUGGUCUCCACUGAAGGAAAAAGUGCUUUAUGCUGGUGACAGGAGCGUAGGCAGUGCUGUCCUGGCACAGACUCGACGUCCAUCUAAUUCAGUGCCCUGUUCUCUCCAGUGGCCAAUUCCAGAUGCCUCGGAGUUGAGCGUAAUUUCCUCUUUGUUCAGUGUGGUUGGUUGGGAAGAAAGUGAAGGAAGUUUGAACUGUAAUGGUUUGUAAAUCCACUCGGACAAAAUUGGUUCCCAGCAGUAAUGGGGUUGCCUGGUGCUGAAGUCACUGU